AUGCCUUGGGGACUUCCCUUCUUUCGGAACCGCACAGAGGAUCAGAACCAGAACAACAAGAAAAAAGGCAACAGCAAGAGCCCGAAGAACGCCAACAAACCCACCAACCGCGUCACCAAGCCCAGAGCUCACUCAACAGGUAACCUGGAAAAGUCCACCAAGUCCACCAUCCAAAAAGCCAUCGACUCCGCGGACAGCUCCAAGUCCGUUCCCAUCACAAACCCUUACGGCUCCCGCCUCUUCGGCACCGAUCCCUCCAACCUCGCCUCCUUCAACUUCCAGCGCCCUACCCCAGCCAUUCCCCUCUCCCCUACAGAACUCGCCAUCAAAAAGCGUGACCAACGCCUAGCCGCUCUCGCCCAGCGCAAAGCGCAAGAAGAACACGACAACAAGCUCCGCCUCGCCUCCCUUCGGCGAGUCGACCCCACCGUGACUCCUCACUCUGACGCCUUCCAAACUAUUCUGUAUUCCAUCCGCACCCACCUGGACUCGCCCACCUCUACCCUGAACGAGCUGCUCAAGUCGCGGUUCAGUCCCGAGGAUCGGGACUUGUUGCUGCCAGCUGAUUGGGAGCAGAAUCCCGUGUUGGCCGAGUUGCAGGGGAAGAACAGCGAGAGGUACAAGAGGUUGGUCAAGGGGGAGGUGAAGGGUUGGCAGAAAAAGGGGGACAACAACGAAGGGUGGGCAAAGGAGGCCGAUCUAGCGUUUAAAUUGACUUGUUUGUACUUUGGAUUGCCGGUCGCACCGAUGGGGUGGGAACAGAGCGAGACGAGGAGAUGGUGGGAGAAGAAGAAGCAGCAGCAGCAGCAGCAGCAGAUGAGUGGUGGUGUUAAGAGCGAAGCGGGGUACGGUGGGCCGGGGUAUGAUGAGGAAGAGGAUGAUAUGGGGAAUAUUGUCAGGAGGCCAAGAGAGGAUCCGAUCAAGUUCUUGAAUUGUUAUGGGAAGAGGGUUUUUGAGAAAGAUGCUGUUCGAGAACCGGAUCCGGUCCUGGAGACGUAUAACGCUCUGCCUAAGUUCCCGCCCACACUUAAGGAACUCGAUCCUGAGGGAGACUACAUAAACGCUGAUGCGUUGCGUGUAGAUAUGCCGGAUAGGUUCGACUUUAGCAUCGGCCUGCGUGGCGGUGGUGAUUUUGAUGAUGAGGAUGAAGAAGAUGAAGACGUCGACGACGCCGUCGACGAGGACGAAGAGUACGAUCUUGAUGAGCCCGUGGAUCUUGUCCCGUCCCCAGAAAACGCCCUCGUCUCUCUUCGCGGCGGAGGUCCUCUCAAGGAAAUCGGCGGCGUCUUCAAAGACAUCGACCGCGGCAAACACCGCCUCUCCACCGAGGCUUUCUUUGCUUUUGCGCAGACUGAUCACCACAAGGAGGGCCUUAAAAGCCGUCUUGAAGGUGAGAGAGGCGGGUUCGAGAAUCUGUGGAUCCCACUCUACGGUUACCAGGGCAUUGUCUGGUUCCGUAUCGACACGCUCAACACCUUUGUUGACGCUGUCGAUCGUCUUUUGGGCUUUGGCGUCCGAGCUGGUGCCUCGUACAAGCUCUACGUGUUCGACAGAAACAAGGAGUACAAGACCCGAGCCCAAAAGGAGGCCUUCCUGCGAAACGACAGGAACUCUCUCGAAGUCGCCUGCAAAGGACCUGGCGACUACAGCAACGACUACAUUGCCUGGAACUGGGUCGUCGGACACCUUGGUUCGCUGGGCGACGACACCAGCGGAUCGCCUCUGGCGCACCAAAAGGUGCUCUUCGUCGCUGGUCCCGGUGAUCCCGUGCCCUAUCAAUGGGAGCCGGCCAACAUGCACAACGUCGCCAAGCUGGUUCUUGAGUGGGACGGCAUGCCGGACAUGAACCGUCCGGACGUCGCCUACCUCCGCAUGCCUAUCGUCGGAGACCCGUCAGCGGCGGAUGUGCACACCAACCAGUUUGCUCCCUGGAUGACACAAGCUUGUCGUGUUUUGUGCGCCGGCCGCAUCCCCAACCGUCCCGGCCAUCCUUUUGUUCCCGAUGUGUACAUUGGCGUCAAAACUACGUUCGACCCUCGCAACGGCGGCAAAGACAAUGCCUACGGCACGUACGGCGGGUUGACCUUCAACUUCAACCAAUGGACUUCCAUCUUGCAAGCCCACAAGGACUCGCGUAACCAACCGAUCGUGCUGCGGGCGUGGACUUCCGAGUCACCUAGUGGACACCUCGACCGUUGGCACCUGUUCGUGCCCGGCGUCUCGUAUGUGUACAGCGACGACUGCGCAAUCUUGCACUCCGAGUUCAAGGACUCCAAGCGCGUCUACGCCAAGAUUAGCAACAUGCUUGAGUCCGGUCUCGGCUUAGAACAGGUGCAGGACCUCAAGCACAUCGAGGUACACCUCCCCGGCGAGUCGUUCCUCGCCGAUGCGCGGGAACAGUCGGAGGUGCUCAUCUCCGUCGACUCAACCGGCAAACUGGACAAGCAGGGCGUCCAACGCGUUGCUGAGCUGCUUGAGCAGUGGUAUAACUGGCUGAAGGAGAAGCCGGGUGUGCCGCCAGCUAAGAACGGCGUGGACAUGUUCCCGCAGUUCAUCACGCUGCAGCCGGUGUAUUGGGACCAUGCCCUGGUCUGCGAUGAGGAUACUGAGCAGUCGUUGGACUGGAAUCCGAGGGAGACGAGCCUCGCGGAGUUCCGCAGGCUGAUUGCGGAGUUGUGGAUCCCCGGAAGGUACUCGGUUGAUUACUAUGCUGAGAGCUCAAGGGUGAGACUGACGCAGAAUGAGCUCGACGGCGCGCCGAUGUUGGUGGUGCUGCAUACUACCACGGAGUUGGAGUGGUACAAGAUUCGGGAUAUGAUUGUUUGGCCGGAGCUGGUUGUGCAGGUCUAUGAUGAUCAGUUUGAUGUGUUUGGUGAUAUCUUCGCCCAGCCUUUUGGUUACCGCGAUAUCUACAAAACGAACGCCAAUCUUCUUUACAGCAGUCUCAAUAACAAGGAUGAUCUUCCCAACGGGAACAUUCUUCGAUUUGGUCGUGACUACCAGCUCUGGGCUGAACAAGUGCCCUGGAGUCAUGGCGAACUGAGGACUAUCCAGCCAUCAGACCACCAGCCUCGGCCUGUCCCUGGUACUACUGCUUCUCAACAGUCUCGGACACCACAGACAGCGGUAAAUCAACAUAACCCAAAUCCGAUGGGUUUCGCCUCCAACCUGCCACCUCCACGUCCCACCCAUACGGGCGUCUUCAGUGCUUCAAGCAAACUGGACAUCAAUGCCAUGAACCCGAGCGAAAAGGGCCGCUUCCUUCGGGAGUUCAGCUAUGCCAACCCGCUCACCGUGGACUUUGUUAAGGGCAUUCCUGUCCACAUCCCUCCCAUCGACCAGCUCCUAGACUGCAAGUUCGAUAACACCCCGCGUCUGGCCAACGGCGUCCUCACGCCCUCGGAAGUUCGCCUUCUCCAACAAAAAUACUUUGAGCUGCGCACCAUCAUGCUCGAACGCGAGGGAAAAUGUCACUUCCCGGGCUGUGACGCCGCCUUCCCCUUCGGCAGCGGCCUCAUGGCGCGACACAUUAAAGCCGCCCACACCGCCGAGAAGUGCAACUUCUGCCACGACCCUCUCUACCAGCACUGGACCGUCGCCCAGCGUUUCCAGCACUUUGCCUCCAAGCACGCCGACAUCCUCGGCGCCCUUCAAACCAGCCGCCCCGUCAACGCCGCCUCCUACGACGACCACCCCAACCCCUUCCAGUUCAAGCGCGAGCUGUCCUGGUUUUUCUGCUGCCGCUGCGGCCGUGACCACUCGGUCUUGUCUGCAAAACUCGACCGCUUCCACCACGACCUCGUCUGCUACCCCGGCGCCGCCCAUCACGAGAUUCACCCGUGGAAGUCCUGCACCGUCUGCGGCCAGCGCAUCAACACCGACGACCCGUCCUCAGCCAAAGCGCACAAGCACCCCGACGUUGCUCGUGGGCCAGGCAUCAAGCCUGAUUUCUGCGCGCAGUGCGGUCUCGAGCUGCGCAGGCUCGAAAUCGCCGACCGCGAGAAACACGCGCAUUUCUGCAGAGGCCACUGCGGCGGCAAAGGCCACAACAGCAGCUCCUUCAACGUCCGCUUCUGUCCCUGGUGCGGGUUGGAGAUGGAGAUGACUACUUCUGCAGACGGAACCAAGGUCGUCGACAGCGUAGCGGCGCAGCGACACAUUGAUUCAUGCGUUAGGAAGCCGCAAGACGACAAGACGACGUUUGGCCCCAUUCACCCUGUAUCCAGCCGUGCUUACUACUACGGGAUUCCCAAUGGCGCAAAGACGGCGCGCGUGGAUGUGCCACAGGGCGUGAUCCCACUCAAGCAGUGGCAGGGGAGGUCGGCGGCGACCGGGGGGAGGCAGCCGUUGAGGGCGAGGAAGGGGGAGAGGGUUGGACCUGCUGGGGCAACGGAUUUGACGAUGGGGACUGUCGUUCCUGCUGGCCUGUUUGCAAAUGUCACACAAGGCGGCCCGGGACCGGCUACUACCGCUGCGAAGACUGCUGCGAAGAAGGCGAGGUUUGCGGAUGUGGUGGAGGAGGUGAAACCUGAGGAGGAGGAGGAGGAAGAUGAGGAUGAGGAGAUGAGUGAUUUGUCGAUUCCGUCGGAGGAUGAGCCGGCUGGGAAGAAGGCUGGCAAACGACCCGCGCGUGCAGGAGGCAAACGAAAGCGGGCCCCUUUCACGUCAGACGACCCUACCUAUAAACCUACUUGGAGUUGGGAUCCAUCAGAUCAUUCUUCGGAGUUCAUGUCUGGUAAGAGUCUUUUUAUACUGUCGGUCUCAGCAGCAAGAUUUAAUAACAAGCAUGCAGAUGAUGAAAGCGUACCGCGCCCAUCGGCAGCCAAGAAAACCAAGACAGUGGCAGAGCCGGAAGUCAAAGUGCCAAAGGUUUCGUUUAGGCCUACGGGCAAGGGAGGCAAGAAGAAGCUGGCGCCGUUCCAGUCGGAGGACCCUAGUUACAAACCUCCGAAGGACCAUUCGGAUGAGUCUGAUGUCUCGGAUGUUGCCGCCGACCCACUUGAUAUCUCACUCUGGCCCCAGCCACAUGAGGUUGUAACAUUUCCCGGUGAUGAAGUAGUUGACGAGUCAGAAGAGGAAGAAGAGGAAGAAGAGGAAAGGGAGCCUACGCCACCACCAACAACCGAGAACUCCACGGCCAAACCGCCCAGGCCUGCCAAAACCCUCGCCCUGACAGCGGCAGCCCAAAAGGCCGCAGCCAAGGCAGCCGCGGCAGCACAGGGCUCCUUCGUUGAGAAAGUCAUUCUCCGGGCCCCGCCCAAGAUUGUACCGACCAUCCAUGGCAUCAGGGAACCAAACUCGGACGCCACGACGUCGAGCUCUGAGGAUGAGGAAGCUUCUGACGAAGAGCCCAAGAAGGGCAAGAAGAAGGCAGCUCCUAAGAAGGCUGCCGCGCGUGGUGGUGUAACCACCAGAGGCAAAGCCAAGCAAGCCGCCGCUGUGGAUGAUGCCGACGAGUCGGAAGAAGAGGAGGAGGAGGGUGGUGAAGAAGGAGAAGAAGAAGCGGGAGAAGAAGAAGAAGCACAAAGCCCCGUGAGCGCCACCGCCCCAGAAGACCAAGACCAAGAAGCAGACGAUCAAGAAAGACCCCCGACUAACCCGUUGCCUGCCCUCAAAGCAAUGAAAGUCAAGGUCCUCCACGCGCCUGACUCCCCCACUUCUACCGGCACCCGGAGCAGAGGUCUAAGCGCCAAAAUGAUGCAACUUCCCUCCGGCUCCGGCUCCGGCGGCGGCAACGAGUCCAACACCAACACCAACUCCACCCCAUCUAAGCUUCGCUCUCGCGGCCGCGGCCGUGCUCAUGGGCGUACUCGUCCCAAAGUCUCUCUCUCUCCCAACCCCCGCCUCUUCGGCAAAGGCACGUCUUCUGACCCUCUCCAACCCUCUCAACCCCCUCCUCAACCCCCUCCUCAACCCCCUCCUCAACCCCCUCAAUCCCCUCAACCCCAAUCCCCAUCCCCCCUUUCUCAACCCCAACCUUAUUCCCAUUACGGCUCCCGCUCCCGCUCCGACCCCCACACCAAGAAACGCAUCAAAAGAUACCAACCCAAAAAACCAAAAGUGGACGUAGAAGAAGAAGUCCAGCGCAUCAUAGAAGGCCAACUCAAAGCAGCCAGACUCGCAAGACAGGAGAGACAAAUGGAAGACUACAGGCUGGCACGAUAUGAGCAGCGGAAAUUACAAAACGUGGACGACGACAACGACAACGACCCCUUUUUGCCGGAUAUGGAUGCAGAAUUAGAUGAGCUGGAGUACAUUAAGCGGCUCAAGCGGAGGAGGCAGCAGGAGAAGGAAGAAGAAGAAGAAAGGGAAAGGAAGAGGUUGGCUAAUGAGCGGGCAAUGGUGAAGAGGUUGAAGAUCCAUGGGUCGAUGGAGGCGGUAGAGAGUGUGAAUGAGGAGAGUGUGAGAGAGGAGGAGAGUGUGAGGGAGGAGGAGAGUGUGAGCGAGGAGGAGAGGCAGGAGAAAAGGAAACGGCCGGGACCGCCGGGAAGAGUAACGGAUGAGACUUUGGAGGCGUUGGCGCGGGAGUAUCCUGGUUCUAUAGUUUAGUAGGUCUUUGGAGAGUAAAUGUGAGUAAGUGAGGAUGUAGGUAAACGGAUUUGGUCUUUGGUUUGGAG